GAGUCUGGCCUGCGAAAACAGCGAGAUCAUUUUCUUUCCUUGACUUUUUUUUUCGCUCUGCCUCAAUUUGAGGCUCGGAUUGGGUUGGGUUGUAUUAUACUGGCAGAUCCUGUCGAGGAUUUUAUUUUCACACGGCGGCCCGUGGGAAUCAGGAGCUCACUACAUGAAGGAGGCACAGGGAUGUGAAUCCCCAGGAUGUUUGAGAAGGGUGAAUAUGUCUCAAUUUGUUUUUGAGAGCGACAUCAACAACCUUCUGAAGUUGGAUGCUCCCAUAACAAAUGGGCCGUUGGCUAGGUGGCAGCGGAAAGCAAAGGAAAACAACAUUGUUUCUGGGUCAAUGUCAACUUCAGCUAAUACCAGUGGUCUAUCACCAAUGAAAACUACAAAUCGAUCACUUAAUGCAUCAAAGGUAGUGACACCCUGCAAGACGCCAGGAAAAACGAAAACUCCCAAAUCUUCAAAAAGUUCCCGAGUUCAAGGGACACCAUCAAAAGCAGGUGGUGAUCGUUAUAUUCCAGUCCGUAAUGCAGCACAAAUGGAGGUGGCACAUUUCUUAAUCUCUAAAGAAAAUGAGCAAGAAAAUGAAUCUCCAACCAAGAAAGAGCAGCAGAAGACCUGGUCCUUGAACUUGAAUGGUUAUGAUGUUCAGCAGGCAAAAGUUCUUCGUAUGAGUGGGAAACCUCUUGCUGCUCCAGAAGGUUACCAGAAUAAUCUGAAAGUUCUGUACAGUCAGUCAAUGACACCAAGUUCCACCAAGAAGACCACUCGGUACAUUCCCUCAAUGCCAGAGAGAAUCUUGGAUGCUCCAGAGAUCAGAAAUGAUUACUACUUAAAUCUAAUUGACUGGAGCUCACUGAACUACUUGGCUGUGGGCCUUGGGAAUAACGUGUAUCUCUGGCAUGCUGAAACUGGUCAGAUCCUACUGCUUGUGCAGCUGGAAGGUCAGGAGGAUUACGUUGCUUCUGUAUCAUGGAUAAAAGAAGGCAACUAUCUAGCUGUUGGAACAAGGAAUGGAGAGGUUCAGGUUUGGGAUGUUGAGCGCCAGAAACGUCUAAGGAAUAUGGUGAGUCACACUGUACGAGUAGGAGCACUCAGUUGGAACAGUUAUAUUCUAUCCAGUGGCUCCAGAACAGGUCAAAUUCACCAUCAUGAUGUUCGUGUGGCAGAACAUCAUGUAUCUACUCUGACUGGACACACUCAGGAGGUCUGUGGCUUAAAGUGGUCGCCAGAUGGGAGGUAUCUUGCUAGUGGUGGGAAUGACAACAUUCUGAAUAUCUGGCCUAGUGUCCCUGGGAAUGAUGCAGAGUGCUCACCAUUGCAUACGUUCACACAGCACCAGGGUGCUGUUAAGGCAGUUGCCUGGUGUCCUUGGCAAGCAAGUAUUCUUGCAAGUGGUGGUGGUACCAGCGAUCGGUUCAUUCGUCUCUGGAAUGCUAACACUGGAUCUUGUUUGAAUUCUGUAGAUACACGAUCACAGGUCUGUUCCAUAGUCUGGUCAACAGAAUACAAAGAAUUGGUGUCUGGUCAUGGAUUCUCUCAAAAUCAGCUGGUAAUCUGGAAGUACCCAAACCUGUCCAAAGUAGCUGAGCUCAAAGGUCAUCAAGCUCGUGUGCUGGAUCUUGCUCUAAGUCCAGAUGGAACUACAGUAUGUUCUGUGGCUGCGGAUGAAACAAUCAGAAUCUGGAAGUGCUUUGCUGUGGACCCAGCAAAAAAGAAAAAGAUGACCAAUCAAUCCAGUGUGCUGCAUCAUGGCAUUCGAUAAAGCAUUUGCUGCUCUGGACAAGUAUACAAGGGAAGUUUCACUCAAAGGAACCAAGACUUUCAGUUUGAAAACUUUUGUAAAUGUGUUUAAACUAUACAUUCUGAAGGAAGCAUGUUUAGCAAAUUUGCAUUAUUCUAAUCCUUAACCAUUGAUUACAAAUUCAGAAUUAUUUGCAUGUUGAAUGGGAGAUUUUUAUCACUUUGGUAUUGUUUCUGUACAUAAACU